ACGCCUCCUCUCUUUACCCUGCAGAGCUAGUAGCACUGAGUAGUGUGUCUAUACUGCUCUGUGCAGGGCUGUCUGCAUUAGUCCCUCUAUGCUGUCACUUGGAUCUCAUUCCCUAUUUGCAUCGGUCCCCAAGUGCUGUCUGCUGUCCAUAAUACUUCUUCCAGAUCCUUGACUGCUGCUCCCAGGCUGCUUACACAGAUAUGUCAGAACAUCCACAUUUUGUGAGAGAGACGCCUACGCUAUCCUGACAGUGAAAUAUGGCCACAAAACCAAUGGAUCUAUUGGCAGAACUUCAGCUCUUGGAGAAGGCAUCUACCUUAGAAAGAUUACGUGCUGCAAAGAAGCGAAGGGAGCAACAACUGAAAAAAUGGGCCCAGAAUGAGAGGGAAGAAGAGAACAGGAGACGGCGCCAUCAGAAAGCCAGAAGGAAGACCCCCACCAGGAGCAAAAGAGUGUCUUUCCCCUCACGUGUCACACUCCAUGAGGCUUGUCUGAGGAAUGACCCAGAAGAAGUCCUUUCAUUACUGCAGAACAAUGUGGACCCCAACCUGAGCAAUGAAGAUGGCCUGACAGCUCUACAUCAGUGCUGCAUUGAUAACUAUGAAGAUCUUCUCAAGUUGCUCUUAUCACAUGGUGCUAACGUUAAUGUCACAGACAAUGAGCUCUGGACUCCUCUCCACGCAGCGGCAACCUGUGGUCACACCAACCUGGUGCGGAUACUGAUUCAGCAUGGUGCAGAUCUCCUGGCAGUAAAUGCUGAUGGUAACAUGGUGUAUGACCUGUGUGAGGAGGAAGCUACGCUGAACGUCAUAGAAAGCUGCAUGACCUACAAAGGACUCACACAAGAAAUGGUUAAUGAAGCACGGCAGGCCCCGGAGCGUCACAUGCUGAAUGAUGUGAGAGCUCUGGUGGCAGCCGGACAGGACCUGAACAGAACAGACAGCCAAGGGGCCACUCUGCUCCAUGUUGCAGCCUCUAGAGGCUUUGCAGAAGUGGCAGAGACCCUGCUUGAAAAUGGGGCUUCUGUGGAUGUGACAGAUCCUGACAUGUGGGAACCUCUUCAUGCUGCAGCCUUUUGGGGACAGAUUUAUGUGGCUGAGAUUUUAGUGUCACAUGGUGCCAGUCUGAGCAGUAAGACUUCCUUGGAUGAAACUCCUCUUGAUCUAUGUGAGGACGAAGAACUCCGCUCAUUGCUCCUAGAGCUGAAGCACAAACAUGACCUUAUAAUGAAAUCUCAGCAGAAAAACAAGUCUUCUCUGAGUCGCCGGAGCUCCAGCACAGGGAGUCAUGGAAAGGUGGUACGACGUGCCAGCUUAUCGGAGAGAACAAAUAUGUACAGGCGAGAGUAUGAGAAGGAGGCUGUGGUGUGGCAGUGCCUCGUCUCUGCAGGAGAUACUGAGGGGACUCAAGAUGAGGAAGACGGCAGCCCUGAUAUGCAAAGGAGGGAUUCUGUGGACCUUAACUCCGUGUUGUCAUCUCCACAGACCUUUCCAGAAACCCCAUAUCGGAAUGGGUACUGCUCUCCACUACCUCCUUUCUAUUGCUCGCAAACCAUUACUGAUUCGCCAGUACCCACCCAACUAACCAAUGGUAACAGCAAUCAUUCAUUGUCCUCGUAUUCACAAAGUCCUAUAUGGAGGGGAAUCCUGGACCAGACACCUAUUACCCUAUCGGAGCUAAAAAGACAGAGGAUGGCAGCCAAGCAGGGGCGAUACCUAGCCAGGAGUACUAGUGAGUUGCUUGGAUCUGGAAGCUUAGAUUACUCUAGUGACCCUGGAACUCCACCGUGGUGCUCAAAUGGGACCUCUGUAUACUACACACCUACCAGCGGAGACCCUCCAAUCUUACGACUAAAGUCUCCGGUUGACGAUGAAGGACAAGAGGCGUGCAGGAUGUUGCGCUGUUGUCGGCUGUCAUAACUGCAAGUAUACAAUAUUUGCAGAGGACUGUAUCUGUGUUCUACGCAGAACAAGGGUUUCAUGUAUACAUUCAGAUCUGUGUAGAUAUAUAUGUAAAAAAUCCUAAACUGUACAUAUGUCAAGCUACAUGUACACAGGAAUCGUACCUUCCUGUAUAGAAGCAGACAUAUACAUAUAUAUGAAGGUGCUUACAUAGACCAACAGUGGAUUAUACUCUUUUUAAAGGAGUUCUGUCAUCAGGUAUGUUGCAAUAAAAACCAUCUCACCUAAGGCCUCUUUCACACUUGCGUUGUCCGGAUCCGGCGUGUACUCCACUAGCCGGAUCCGGAAAAACGCAAGUGA